GUUGGAACUGAAUUCCAACCCAUUCAACCUCAAUGUGCUGGAGCGGAAGAUGCACCGCCCUCCUCCCAACAGAAUAUCCGGUGGACAAUGGACUGUAUCACAAGGAAGGGGGCUGGGUAUAAAGACCUUCAAAGUAUUCAAAACCAUCCAACUUUUUUCAUAAUUCCCCAAACUUUUAAUUAAUACCCAAUUGCUUCUUGAACUACCUUACACAGUACCCCUAACCAAGCCAACCCACCCAAUCAAUCGCAAUGCGUGGAAAGAUCACCCUCGAAGAAGCCUACGAGAUCCCCUCUGAGGCCGACCAGAGCCGCGAGCAAGCAGCCCUGUACAUCGCCCCCAAUGAGAUCGAGCGUUAUCUCCGGCAGAUCAAGUCGAUCACUGGUGAACGACUCGAGAUUUCCGAAAAGCACGGCAUCGGCUACACCGUCCUUUCCCUCACCGUUCCCGGUAUUCAGGGCAUCAAAGACCGCCAGAAGGCUGAACGGCAUGCCACAGAGGUCAAUAACUACAUUCAUGAACAGAUCAAGGAUCACCGUGACCGACUAGGAGCCUUUGCGGCGCUGUCGAUGCACGAUCCCGCCCAGGCUGGCCGGGAACUCCGUCGAUGCGUGAAGGACCUCGGCUUCCAUGGCGCCCUGUUGAACGACGUGCAGCACACCGAGCAGGAAGAGCGGCCCUUGUUCUACGAUCAGCGCAGAUACGACGAGUUCUGGCGCGUGGCAGUUGAGCUGGACGUGCCUGUCUAUCUACAUCCUGCCGCGCCGACGGAGUCAAAUUACAAAACAGCAUACGAGGGCCGGAAGUAUCUCGUUGGACCACCUCAAAGCUUUUCCAACGCGGUGGGAUUGCAUUUGAUGGGGUUGAUCACAAACGGUGUCUUUGACCGGUUCCCAAAUCUGAAGGUAAUCGUGGGCCACUUGGGCGAGCGCAUCCCAUUCGAUUUCUGGCGCGCGAAUCACUGGAUCGAGGACGUCGAGCGACCUUUGGCCAAGAAGAACGGCGACACCAUGUGCCAGAAGAACCUGCUGCACUACUUCCGUCAUAACAUCUACGUCACCACCAGCGGACAUUUCAGCACCCCGACCUUGCGGUACGUGGCCGAGUAUAUCGGCUCCGAUCGAAUCAUGUUCAGCGUGGACUACCCCUACGAGAAGAUCGAGCACGGAUGCCAAUGGUACGAUGACAAGCAAAAGGAGAUCGAAAAGGCGCUGGGAGGCCGCGACCAAUAUGUCCAGGUUGGCAGGGACAAUGCCAAGAGCCUGUUCAAUUUGACCAAGUAUCAUGAUUGUGAUGCUCCUGUUGAGUGAUCUUGCGGAUUCGUUGGAUUUGGCGUGUUGGGAUCGCAAAAGCAGGUCUUCAUGGUUUUACCAUGCGUGUUUUUACUGAAACUCCCAAGACAAAACCCGGAGGGUCACGUUCUGCGACCUUUCCCCUGAAGUUGUAUUUGGCUUUAUCAGCUGGCCUUCCUUAAUGUUUCCUUAAAUUGUUCCCACAUCUGCGAGUGAGUUAGUCUUUGAAAUCGAUAGUUG